UGGGCAGAGAGAAUACAGCAGCCUACUCUGUAGACGAUCUCUAAGCCCACAGCUAGACCGAGCGGCUCCAGUUAUAUUUUCCGCCUGAAGCUAACCAAAUUUUGAGGCAGAAGAAACCUCCAACUACACUUUCCAAAAACCUACGAUCUCCUGCUAGAGGACCAGCCUUUCCAACCGACAAGACUUCUUGCGCUCACAGAUACGCUCGGUCGCAUCGCCUCCGGCAGAAGACCUCUUCACUCGACAGGUCUUAACGAUGGGCAGCCCGCGAGCUCGAUCACGCUCGCGUUCUCCUGUCCGAGAACAGCGCCGUCGGAGCCCAUCACCUCGCCGGUACGAACGUCGCCGCAGCCCUUCACCCAGCAGAUAUGACCGUCGUCGAAGCCCCUCACCCAGGCGAAGAAGGGAUGAAGACCGGCCGCGCCGGGCUGGAGGCGGAUUCAAAUGGAAAGGCGAAGAUAGAAGAGAUCGUCGAGACCGUCCGCGCUCCCCUCGACCGGAAAAGCGGCGGCGAUCGAGGUCUCCUCGACCGGAGAAGAAGAAGACGGCUCCUGCUACGGGCCCUGCACCGUCGGGAGAGCCCAUGAUCAUUGUCAACGUGAAUGACCGGUUAGGCACCAAAGCUGCCAUUCCAUGCCUCGCAUCGGACCCCAUAAAGCUCUUCAAAGCUCAGGUUGCAAUGAGAAUCGGAAGACGACCACAUGAGAUUCUCCUUAAACGCCAAGGCGAACGGCCAUUCAAGGAUCACCUUACCCUCGAAGAUUACGGGGUCAGCAAUGGAGUGCAACUUGAUUUGGAACUUGAUACCGGAGAUUAGUUCAGACGAUGUCGACCAUGCUCUCCUUCUCUUUAUUGCUCCUAUGUCUUUGUCCGAGAUUUUGAACAACUUUUAACAUUUUUCACGCUUGAAAGUGCGCAUCAGAGGAAUAGCGCCGGACCGGACUGGGUGUGGCUUUUACCUGGAUGGAAAAAAAACAAAAUCGUACAUGAUACCAAAACUGCAUAUGUAUUCUAGCGAUGCAUUUCAAUCCAUAUGGAUCUCCUUGCAAAGAAAACGAUUUAAUCAGCUGUAUCCAGUUGAGAUAAGGAAAAAAGAUUUUGUUGAAUGUAGGAGCUACCAGUUGAUAUUACAUUUCAUAAUGUACAUGCU